CUUUCAUGAUGGCCGACGAUCAGGUCGCUGCUGUGGACGUGCCAGUUCCCGCUGCACAAACCAUCGACAUCGCUGGCAUGGUGGACGGCAUGUCGGUGUCACCCUUGGAAGCAAUGUACCUGCAGGACACACACCAUGAUCUUCCUGACAUCAACAACUCCCAAGCCGAGAGAGUUCACGAGCUACAACCAUCAACCACUCUACCAUCACAAGGUCUGAAUGCAACGCAUCCUCAUUCAGUGCGACGAGAAACACCUCCCGCACGGCCACUCCAACAGCCGCCAGAAGGGAUGCAACACGACACAGCCCCGAGUUCACCAAUAUUAAACUCAGCUACAGCCAAACCGUUGUGGGUGCACCGACACUCCAUCGAACCAGCUACUACCACGCCUUCGUCUUCAAGUACCCAUCUUCCAAUAGCUAUUGCAGCGCAUGGGUCCCAGCCAACCAAGAAAUCCGCCGAGCUCACCACUUCCACAGCCUUAGCAUCUCCUACGAAACCAACCGCCCCUGCUCGUCCAGCCCGGCCCAGGCCCCCCUCAGUGGCGUCCGUGGUGGCCGCUGCCAUGCGAAAUCCUGAGUUAGUUACCGCUGACGAAAUGAUUGAGCCAACCGCUGCUGUAAUUGUAACCUUUGACGUCGGGGGCACGAUCUUUCGAUGCAAGCAACGGGUGGUGGAGAAGUACCCAAACAAACGUCUCCAUCGACUACUACUAUGUGGCUGCGAACAACAAAGCAGCGCCAGUAUCAUCUCCACAUCCACCCAAACGACCGCCGCAUCUUUAGCUACGUGUGCGCCUACGACAACGGCCAUCUUUGUCGACCGCAACCCUGCCUACUUUGCACCCAUCCUCGACUGGUAUCGUUGUGGGACGUUCCAUGUACCAGACUCGCUAAGUGUAGCAGGCCUCCAACACGAAGCCGCCUACUUUGACGUGCUGGCCGACAUGUUUCCAACGCUCGACACUGCAAAUACCACCCUCCCACCUGCACCAAUCCAAUCGUCUCUCGCGAGUGCUACUGCGACACCGUUGCCACCUCACUCCACCUUGCAGUCUGCUCUAGCAACUGCCAUCCAUUGCUUUGUCAAGUCGUACACACACACCCUCGUGCCGUCGCAACCACCCAUUGUGUUUGUUCUCCGGGCACAUGAGCAACUGGUGCUGGACAGCGCCGCGGGCGUCGGACGGCUCUUACUCCGUGUCACAGAUUUGCAUGGCAACACCACGGUGUCGCGUGCAGUAUUGUACGACAGCCACUCGUACUUUUUUCUCGGCGGUGGCCUAGCCAAAUUGCACGGCACGCCGUUCCCAGGCAACCUCAUUUAUUCGUUCUGGGCAGACGACACAUGUACUACUACUACAACUACUAGCACCUUAGCUUCCAGUGAUGGGGGUGUCGAGAUGUUGCCGCCGCUACAUGUCGAGUUCAAGCUCCGUUGUGCGUUUCAUAAGUCGGACGAGCUCGUUCUUGCAGCGCACGAGCAGCAACUACUCGGCCAUACGCUGGACAUGGUAGCCAAAACCACCAGUGCCACCAUCACCACUGCCGUGCUAGCUGGCCUGGACUUGAGUCUACACGUCAUGGCUAGCGUAGCCGGCAGAAAAGAGCGUGAAAACCCAAGGCCAGCUGUAGUUCCUGCACAACAACCACCAGUACACUUGUUGGCUGCUACUCCUGCGGUUAGGCUGGCUAUUCCAACCGUCAGUACAACGAACGAUAGAAAUUCGUCUGUGGCGCCGGCUCAAGGCUACCGACCACCGCCCCCAGUAGCUGCAGCCACUGCAGUACCACCAGUAGUAGCGUCCCAAGCGUACAACACAUCGAAAGAGCAUGCAAUAUCGCUACCCGAAAAGACCAAAGAGCGAGCUCAAAUUCUAGACGAAGCGCAGCAAUUCCAAUCCAAAGUCAAAGAGCAUGCGGCGUGGCUGCAGCAUUACCAGCGCGAAGUCCAACAAUCAACUUCAAUUCUGCGCGAACCCUCUUCCAAUUCAGACAGCAACUCACCCAACAAGAAGAGUUCAACAGGAGCCGCAGCCACCAAUGUCACUCCGAGACAAGUCGGCAAGCGCAAGUGAUCAAAGCAACUACUAACGUUAGUAGUAUGUACAAAGCGCCUUUCCGCGGCAUGAUGCUAGUAACGUUACUAUUAAUAGUACAUUUGCGAAUGAGUUGAAC